AUCCUAACCAAUGUUAAAUAUUGUCUGUCAUUUUGAUUUUCCCCUUAUGUAAAGGACAUGAUUUCUCUGUGACUGAAAAAUUUAGACAUACGUUUUUAUGAAAUAUGUCUUAAAACCAAAACACAGACCAGAAAGACAGUUAAAUUAGUCCAUCUUGAUGGUAUUAAGGCUCCUGCCAUUUUUCUGUCAUCAUUACAACUUCCAUUUCUGGUCAAAUUGAUCUAAUAUAGUCCUUUAGUAUAAAUAUAUUCACAAACAUCUGUUGUUCUCUUUUUAAUCUCCCCAAAGAAAGAAGUUAGUGCAUUAUUCAUUGAUAGGAUCAAAACAAUAUAAGAUGAUCCAGUUCCAACCUCUCUUCUGCAGGUGGGAGCUGGCCUGGGGCCAGGUGGAAAGGUGUCCGUGGAUGCCGGCAAGGGCGGCGAUCCUGGCCUGCUGCGCAUGCGGGCACUUUGGCCGGAAGAGGACCUCUCCCCCUCCCUCUCCAUUCCCAACUGCCAGUGCCCUGCUGAGGGGAGGGACAGCCAAGGCACCCCUGCUGGGAGCUCCCAGACCCGCUGCGGCGAGGGGAGGGGCGUGGCGUCCCCACCCCCCACCCCCCACCCAGACAGCUGAGCUGCAGCAGCGGCUCCAGACCUCCCGCCAGGCUAGGCGCUGGGCCUCUCAGGCUCCAGAGGCCAAGACGGGUGCGAGCAGAUGCUGGCCCUCUCCUGGGGGUCCCGAAGCGCCCAGACUCCACAGGCUUCGAGCUACACCUGAGCCAGGUCCAACAGCAGAGACCAUGCCUGUCCUCUCACCUGUGGGGGGAUCCCCUUGUAGACCCGCCGGCGCAUCUGCAGACCCUUACCAGCAGCCUGGAGAUCCUGUCACAAUGAGAUGAGGAGGAAAAAGAAGGCGGCCAGGAGGCCAAGGCCAGCAGCUGUCCUGCAGCACCGGGGUGUGAGCUCCCUGGGCCAGGGGAGCUGAGGGAAGGGAAGCUGCCAGCUGUGGAGGGCCCCACAGGCUCAUAGGACUCAUAUUUUGCUUAGGCAUCAAAAGCCCAGGGAACAAAAGAUAAACAUUGAUAAAGUGGACUUGAUUAAAUUUAAAACAGCUGUGCCUCAAGUGACAAGUGACACUGUCAAGAAAAUGACAACCCACACAAUGAAUAAAAAUGUGAGACUGACCUGACAGAUGAGAGCAGUAUACAGUAUACAUCAUUCAACCAGUAUACAGAAUAUGGCCAAACUCCUUAUUCCACUAUAGAAAUGGCCCAAGUAGACAUUGGGCAGAGGGCCUGAAUAGACUUUCCUGCAAAAUCAAGGCCAAAGGGCACAGGAGACCAAUCUCAACAUUAGCAUCAGGGGGAUGCAAAUCAAAGCCAGCAGAGGACCAAACUUUUCACCCACUGGAGUGGCUGUUACUGAUCAAAUGAGGAUGUGGAAAAGCUGGCACUUUCCUGUUUGGCUGGCAGGAUUGUAAAAUGGGGCAAUUUCUUUGGAAAACCAGGCCUUUCUCCAAAAGUUAAAUGAAGAGUUGCCACAUGAUACAACAGGUCCUUUCCCAGGUAUACACCCAAGAGAGAGGAAGACAGGGACACAGAUAGAUGUACAUGCACAUUCAUAGCAGAGCUACUCCCAAGAG